AUGCCGAACCCCGCAUCCGGCGCAGCGACGCCCAACCCGCGCUUCACAUCGCAAACCAAGACGGCCGAAGACCUCCUCAGCACGCAGACCGUCGGCCUGGUGAACCUCUCCGACUACCGCAAGCGGCGCGCCGAAGCCCUCGAGCAGAAGGAGCGGGACGUGCAAGAUGCGAUCUUGGGGGCCGUGAGCGCGCGCGCAACGCCCACCAGCGACGGCGCAUCCACGCCCACCGAGCCACCCCUGAAGAAGAAGAAGAAGCAGGAGAAGAAAGCUAGAGGCGGCGCACCGAAAUUAUCUUUUGGGGAUGAGGAGGACGAGGAGCAGGAGGGGGAGGAGGGUGGUGACGCCACUGCGACUGCGACUGCGACUGCGGCAUCGACAUCUGCGUCUCCGCGAUCGGGGACGCCGAGCGAAGGAUCGGUGAAGGAGAAGGAGACGAAGAAGAAGAAGAAGAUGGGGGCUAAUGCGAAGGUGGGUGUCGUGGCCAAGGCGUUGACGAAGGGUGCGCUGCUGCGAGAGGCGCAGACGAGGGAGAGCUUGAGGAAGGAGUUUAUGGUGCUGCAGGAGGCGGUCAAGAUGACGGAGAUUGCGAUCCCGUUUGUCUUUUACGACGGCACGAAUAUUCCGGGCGGGGUAUGCAGGAUCAAGAAAGGGGAUUUCAUCUGGGUGUUCUUGGAUCGCAGUCGCAAAGUGGGUGCAGAGUUGGGGGUGGGUGAGAAGGUCAACAGCAGUAGGGAGUGGGCAAAGAUUGGAGUGGACGAUCUGAUGCUGGUGAGAGGGAGCUUGAUUAUUCCCCAUCACUACGAUUUCUACUACUUCAUUAUCAACAAGAACAAAGGUCCCAACGGCUCUCUCCUCUUCGACUAUUCCCCCGAUCCUCCAACGACCGGAAUAGCGUCUUCCGAACCCCAAGACCUCGACAAUUACAACCCCCUUUCCAACCCGUCAACAAAACCCAAGGCUUCUCCCAACGAGCCUGUCAACAACUCAGACCUCGAAGGCCACAAAGACGAUCCAACCAUAACCAAAGUCGUCGAUCGCCGGUGGUAUGAACGGAACAAGCACAUCUAUCCCGCCAGCGUGUGGCAGCAAUUCGACCCGGAGAAGGACUACCAGAAAGAGAUCAAGCGAGACCGUGGUGGUAAUGCGUUCUUCUUCUCUUGA